AUGUUUGCACACGUCAAAAGAAUCUCAUCAACAUAUAUUCAAAUUCUAACACUCGCAUUGGCUAUUAUUAUUCUUCAAUCAGUAGCUCAGCAGUUUCUAUGCUCAAGUUCUUCAUCAAACAUUUUUUCACAGAUUCUUCUUGAAUCCUCAAUUACACUUGCUCUCAAUGCUGUCAGGUGUAUUAAACUUGAACAAAAAACUGAAGAACCAGGCAUUUUGGAAGAUAUGCAUGUUUUAAUGUAUUUCUUACAGCUCUCUGCAGUUUUGUUUUCUAUUUCUGUGCUGAGUUCAACCCUUAGAAGCUAUUACAGUCGAGUGUUAAUUACCUCGCUCAAAACAUUCGAAAUUCCUUUUUUAGAUCUCAAAAGCAUCAUUAAAAAAGGCACAGAUGGCUUAGAGCUGGAGUUUAGUAGCUCACAUAUGUUGUCAACAAUUAUCCAAUGUGUGUUCGUAUUUGUGCUCACUAUUUCCUCGAUCAAUCAUUGCUCGCCUGUUGGAAUAUUAAUUUUUGUACUUUUUAUAGUUGUUCUAACUGUAAAACAAAGAUAUAAAGCCCGUGUGAAUUCAAUUUCAUAUGUAAGAGCAAAGAUUAUAGCCAAAUCUUCUGAGAUCAUCAUCACAUUUCCAUUCUUUCUGCUGUUUGGAAGUGUAAAUGAUAUUAAAUCAUACAAAAAUAUUGCAAAAGCUCUAUUUAAUAUCAUUUCAUCCAUGUGUUCCAAUCACCUGUUAAGCAUUAUACGCCAAAAGUAUAAUAAUAUUUACAUACAUACAUGCAUUAUGGCCAAAGCAUUCAAAAUACUGAAAGUGUGCAUAAAAUCUAAUGGUGUUUCAAUACUUCAGCUCAGCGCCCUACUGCCCCUAUUUAUAUCAUUUUAUAUCCGCAAUACUAGAUUGUACGAUAUGUCGAAAGUAAAUGCAUUCAAACAGUAA